GUUCAACCACCAUGGAGCCCCUCCUGGUCCAGCCCGCUCCCCUCCCAGCCCGUGCACUGCUCAACUGCAUCCUGCACCGGCAUCUCCCCUCCGGCGCUCACCUCUCAGCCCGCAUCGUCGAAACAGAGUACUACCACCAGUCCGACCCAGCUGCGCACUGUUACCCUGGCACGCGCACGCCCAGGAACAGCGUGAUGUUCGGUCCUCCGGGGCGGGCGUAUGUGUAUCGGAGCUAUGGGAUACACUGGUGUUUGAACUGUGUUGUCGCGCCUGAUGGGGAGGGGGGAGGGGUGCUCAUUAGGGCUGUGGAGCCGGUCGAGGGAGUGGAAGAGAUGACCAAGCUUAGGAACAAGGGGCAGAAGAAGGAGAUUGAGAGGCACAAGCUUGGCAGUGGGCCUGGGAAUGUUGCUCAGGCUCUUGGGGUGGACCUGGGGUUUGGGGGGAUGAACCUGUUGGAUCAAGGGGAGUUGUGGCUCGAGCAAGGGACGGAGUUGGCAGAUGAG